CAAUCAAUCAAAGAAGCAACACUUCGGCUUCUUCGUCUCUUCUCCUCUCUUUCAUACGGAGUAUCAUAAUUUAUAAUUGUAGCAAUGCAUGCCAUUCCCACAACGCUUCUUCAUCUUCUUCAAUCCACUUGAUCUACGCACGCCUCUCAAACCCCAUUUCCCCUCCCCCGCCUCAUUGCUCUGUUCGCAGAUUUCCCCUGCAUCUGUAUACGAUAUAUACAUUCAAUUUCACGCUCCCGCCGACGCACGCAGAGUAGAGAGUGAGGGCCCACUCGUCCGGCAGAGUCGGAGGCUGAGGGAGAGGAUGGGAUCGUCGGCGUUGUCGUCGUGGUUGGUGGGUGCAUGCACGCCAGCUGGUUGUGAAAAGUACUCUGCGGGGAAGCUUUUCGGGUGUUCUUCUCAUUCCUGGAAUCCGGGAUGCAGGUCGGCGUUUGAUGAUUCCCGGCGGGGUGGGAGUGUUGGGAGAAGGAGGAUGUGGUUCCCCACGGCGGCUGUAAAUCCCAUUAUUAGCUCUGGGUUGUGGCCGACCAGGGCUUCCAAUUCCAAAUAUCAUGGGAGGGUAUUGGCCUCUGCUACACAUCAUGCAAAUGAUGUUGUCAAGAAGGAGAAGCCUUCUAUCAAAGAAAGGCGAGUUGUUGUGACUGGUUUGGGUGUUGUAUCUCCUGUUGGUCACGAACCCGAUGAGUUUUAUGGAAAUCUACUUGAAGGUGUUAGCGGCAUUAGCGAGAUUGAAGCUUUUGAUCCUUCAGAAUAUUCAACAAGAAUUGCUGGAGAAAUCAAGUCUUUCUCUACAGAUGGUUUGGUUGCACCAAAACUUGCUAAUAGAUUGGAUAGGUUUAUGCUUUUCUUGCUGGUAGCGGGAAAGAAGGCAUUGUUGGAUGGUGGAGUUACAGAUGAUGUGAUGGGUGAAUUCGAUAAAACAAGGUGUGGAAUUUUGAUUGGCUCUGCAAUGGGUGGAAUGAGGAUUUUCAGUGAUGCAAUAGAGGCAUUACAGGGAUGGAUGGGUCCAAACUAUUCAAUUUCGACUGCAUGUGCGACGGGUAACUUUUGUAUUCUUAAUGCUGCUAACCACAUCAUCAAAGGUGAAGCUGAUGUGAUGCUUUGCGGUGCAUCUGAUUCAGUAAUUAUACCACCUGGAGUGGGUGGAUUUAUUGCUUGCAAAGCACUGUCUCAGAGAAACAAUGAUCCUACUAGAGCUUCAAGACCUUGGGACAGUGAUCGUGAUGGGUUUGUGCUGGGGGAAGGAGCUGGUGUUCUGCUGUUGGAAGAACUCGAGCAUGCGAAGAAAAGGGGCGCAACGAUCUACGCUGAAUUUCUCGGUGGGAGUUUCUCUUCUGAUGCACAUCACAUGACAGAACCUCAUCCAGAAGGAAAGGGUGUUGCCCUAUGUGUUGAGAAAGCCAUAGCUCAAUCUGGGGUGUGCAGAGAUGACAUCAACUAUAUAAAUGCGCACGCUACGUCUACCCAAGCUGGUGAUCUCAAGGAGCUUCAAGCCCUUCUUCAGUGUCUUGGUCAGAACUCGGAGUUACGGAUAAACGCUACAAAAUCGAUGACUGGUCAUCUUCUGGGGGCAGCUGGUGCAGUAGAGGCUGUAGCGACUGUUCAGGCAAUUCGGACCGGGUGGAUUCAUCCGAACAUCAAUCUGGAUAACCCGGAUAAAGGGGUGGACACCAAGUUUCUUGUGGGCUCUAAAAAGGAACAACUGGAUAUUAAGGUGGCCCUGUCCAACUCCUUCGGAUUUGGCGGUCAAAACUCUUCCAUCUUGUUCGCGCCUUACAAGUAAAAAGAAGAAGAAGAAGAAGAAAUCCCCAUUGUCUAUUAUGGCUGAAAACAAGCAACUGUGGAUACUAUAUAUUGUGUAACAAUUCUCACUUUACUUUGGAUUCAUUGGCUUCAGUUUUUCCCCUUAUAGCAUGUUACACAUAUUGAGAAUGGUUGGCUCUUUGGGUGGUUGCUUCCAAAAUCAAGUGAUUUUCGACCACCCAAACGGAAUUGUUUGGCUCCUCAUCUUGAGGUACAUUUUGGAAAUAUAUGUUCAAUGUGAAG